UCACUCAAACGCUGCAGGCAGAAACCGGAAGCUGAGAAAAGCGCCGGAAGUAGACACAGUGAACGUCGUUUCCACAUUUGCAGCAGAAAAAUGUCCAAGAGGAAAGUGACGUUUGAAGACGGGAGCGGAGAGAUUGAAAUAGAAGAUGAGCUCCCGACGAAAAAGAGUGUGGAGGCAGUCAGCGGUCCUGGCUCACGGUUCAAAGGGAAACACUCUCUGGACAGUGAUGAAGAGGAUGAGGUGGAGGAGUCCAGCAGCAAGUAUGACAUCUUAGCUGACGACGAUGUGGAGGGUCAGGAGAAUGCCACGAUCGACUUUGACGAGGGCGUGUCCAUUACACCCUUUAACCUGAAGGAAGAGAUGGAGGAGGGACACUUCGACUCAGAGGGAAAUUAUUUCAUCAAAAAGGAAACACAGAUCCGUGACAACUGGCUUGACAACAUCGACUGGGUGCGAAUCAAAGAGCAGCCGUUUAAAAAAAAGAAGAAAGGUUUGGGAGCAAAGCGUAAACGUCGAGUGGGAGAUGAGGACGAAGCGGAGGAAGAGAAAAAAAGAGAGGACCAGCAAGGGGAGAGCGAGGAGGAGGACACAGAGGAGAAAGAGGAGAAAGAAGAGGAGAGAGAGGAUCCACUGGCCUCCCUCUCUCACUCUCAGCUCACCCAGGCUGUAGUGGAGCUGCUGCAGCCUGGAGAGACAGUGGCCGCUGGGCUCCGGAGGUUAGGAGGUCUGAAGGGGAGGAAGAAGAAACUGAAGGAUGAAGAGGAGGAAACGAAGAGAGAUGCAGAGAAACUGGACCGACUAACCGCCUUGGCAGACCGCCUCGUGGGCUCAGGAGACUAUGAGAUCUACCAACAGACCUACGAGAAGCUCAGCUACAGAUUAAAGAGUUCUGAGCCGAUGAAGAGGAGGGUAGCGGGAGAAGACAAAGAGGAAGAUGAGUUGGACAUGUUUGGAGAAAAAUUUGUCGAAAAACUGGGCUCAAAAACAGAAGAGACGGAGCAGGAGACGAGAGCGAGUGAUGAGGUGAUGUGGGAGUACCGCUGGGAGAACCAGGACAGUUCAGAGGUGUACGGCCCCUUCAGCAGUCAGCAGAUGCAGGACUGGGUGGAUGAGGGGUACUUCUCCACUGGAGUUUACUGUCGCCGCAUUGACCAAGAAGGCUCUCAGUUCUACAACUCCAAGAGGCUGGACUUUGACCUGUACACGUGACUGAAGACCCUCCCCCUCUGUGCAUGAAAACGACACACAAAAUCUCCCAUGGUUUAAAAUACUGAAUUCUGAAUUAUAAUCUGAAUUUAAUUUUUUUAUUUGAUUAUUUUUUAUCCAUUAUUGCUCCACUCGAUUACAAAAUGGGGAAUAGGUUGGGUUCAUGUGAAAUGAGUGAGGUUCUUCAUUUGUGCAUCAGAGGUUUGGAAAUUUCAUUAAAAAAUCGUGAAUCUCCCAUAAAAUUAUAUAGAAUUAUACAGGCCCCGCCCUCCAUCUGACACUAUGACAUCAUCAAAAUGGUGACACAAUGCACACAUUAGCAAACACAGCCAAAAAAGUUUUAAGAUCAUCUGAAACACACACAUGAAAAAUGCAAAAUGGAUUUAAACAGCAUAUUUUCAGGAGCCUGUGAUCAAUGUGAACGUUCAUGGUCCUGUUUAGGAGUUUGAUUUUCAACAAAAGGUGACUAAUUGAAAAAACUGUUGGCUAAUGCUAGCUAGCUUGUGACUGCAGUGUUAUUUGAGAGGGACUUGUUUAACAGCACAAAUCAGCUCACCUGUUGUAGUUCCUGCUAGGUCAGUUCUUUAUGGUCAGAUUGUGUGAAAACAAAGCUCAGAUUAAAGUCUAACUUGACUAACAGAGUCUCAAACAGAGCAGUGCCUACAGUUAGCAUCACACCCCCAGGGAACGUUGAUGACAUUGGCUGUUGACAGUAUCAAUAAAUGCAAAUGAGUCAAAUCCAAAUGAAUAUUCUGAAUUCACGUCAUUCAAACUUGGGUCAGACAUUUUUUAAGUCCUGGGUUCUGUUUAUGUUUUUAAAUAAAUGAUGUGUAAAUAGU